CAGCAGACCGGCUGUCCCAAGCUGCGCUGAUCCUUCACUCUCAGCUCUCCUCUUUAUCACCGACCACCUGCCUCUCCGAGAAUAACCCAGCGGCUUCCUAAAAUAAAAUCCCGCAGCAAGGAUCGCUCUCAGAGCCAUCACCCCUCUCCUUCCAGCCUGGGAUUUGUUGUCGCUACCAGCUGACUCUCACCCGCUGGACCGGGCUGGUUCAGAGGAGCCACUUUUGCAUGGAUGCACCAUGGCCACGUUCGUCUGCAGGGUUCAGUUCUUAGACGACACCGAUCCGUUCAACAGCACCAACUUUCCAGAACCGACGAGACCCCCGGUGUACACUUUCAGAGAGGAUAUCCCCCUCAUCAACCAGUUAGCAGGCGUCCACCGGCUCCUCAAAGCCCCACACAAGCUUGAUGAUUGUGCGCUUCAGCUCUCCCACAAUGGGACCUAUCUGGAUCUGGAGUCCUCUCUGGCGGAGCAAAGAGAUGAGCUGGAGGGAUUUCAGCCGGAUGACACGGGGUCAAGAGGGAAGAAGCACAGCGUUAUUUUACGGACCCAGCUGACUGUGCGUGUGCACGCCUGCAUUGAAAGACUCUAUAACUCCAAUGGACGCGACUUGAGGAGGGCGCUGUUCUCCUUGAAGCAAAUAUUUCAGGAUGACAAAGACCUGGUCCACGAGUUUGUGAUGGCUGAAGGUCUCACGUGUCUGAUCAAAGUGGGAGAAGAAGCGGACCAAAACUACCAGAACUACAUAUUAAGAGCUCUGGGGCAGAUCAUGCUGUACGUAGAUGGGAUGAAUGGAGUCAUCAGCCACCCAGAGACAAUUCAGUGGCUCUACAGUCUGGUUGGCUCAAAGUUUCGUCUGGUGGUGAAAACAUCUCUGAAACUUCUGCUUGUGUUUGUGGAGUACUCUGAAUCCAACGCCCCACUGCUGAUAGAAGCCAUCACCUCCGUGGACACGAAGAAAAGUUCCAAGCCGUGGUUCAACGCUAUGGAGAUCUUACAGGAGAAGGACGGGGUGGACACAGAGCUGCUUGUUUAUGCCAUGACCCUCAUAAACAAGACGCUUGCAGCUCUGCCAGACCAGGACUCCUUUUAUGACAUGGUGGACAGGCUGGAGGAACAGGACAUGGAGACAGUCUCGCAAAGACAUCUGGGUCGAAAAGGCACUGACCUCGACCUGGUUGAGCAGCUCAACAUCUAUGAGACGAACCUACUGCAUGAAGACGGUGACAACAGCCAGCCACCACCAACGGGAUGUCGAGAUCGUCGACGUUCCAGCCUUGGUGUCCUGGAUAAGCAGCGCAGCCUGGAGAGGCGACGUAGCCGCCGGGCCUCUUUGGGGCGAUCUGGACACGCGUCCCCGUGCAGUCCUGCGUCCCCACAGAGAGCUGGCUUCCAGUCUUUCAGUGGACACAGAGCAGAGGACUUGAGUGAGAGCCCGGCCACACCCCCUACACCCACCGCUCACAGGACAGCCCUUCAGUCCAUCACCAUCACAUCCAGAAAGCUGAAUUUAAAAGAGGAUGAGAGGAGGAAGCAGACAGAAUCACCACCACCGACCUCCCCUCCUCCUCCCCCGCCCCAGCCCUCCCUCCUGGCCACCCUGCUGGCCAGGAGAAGGUCGACUGUCACCGUCCCAGCCACCAAAGAGAUCAGCGCGCCACUGCGGGGCAGCUCCCGCCCUUCCCCCGACCGGCUCCCCUACCUGCCCCACUCCCCCUUUCACCUCUUCUCGUACGAUCUCGAUGACGAGCCGUCACCUUCAGCUCAAACUAAGCCCAGCGAGGAUUCUCCUAAAACGCCAUCUCCCAGGAACGGAGGUCUGACCCCCUUCUCUCUCAGCACCCCCAGUACGCCCACCAGCUCAAGACCAGCUUUAGGUGGACUCCUGUCCUCCUCCUACCGACAGCACCAGGAGUCUCUGGCUGCUGAACGAGAGCGCCGCCGUGUGGAGAGAGAGGAGAGGCUGCAGAGGAUAGAGCGAGAGGAGAGGAACAAGCACAGCCGCAACUAUAUGGAUAAAAUGGAGGGGGCCAGGCUUGAACGGGAGGAGAGGUACAAGAACGUGGAGCGGCUGGCAGCAGAGGAAUACGAGCGGGACCGUGUUCGGGUGCCAAGGACUCGUCCGGACCUCGGCCCUCCCUUUGAACCCUCAGAGGCUUGGGCUUCUUCGUCACGCAGCAGCACGCCGUCUUCAUUUGCUUCUCAUGAGGAUGCAGAAGCUGAUGCAGAAGCUGACGCUGAAGCAGAGCCACCCACCACUGAAAACGGAGAGGCUGAUGACUCCUGCGCUAGCGUAGUAACAGAGGAGAAGGAGGCAGAAGCCACUGCAGAGGAAGAGGAAGAACAGAAGGAAGAGGAAGUCCAGGAGGAGGAGGAGGAGGCAUCAGACAAGGAGAAGGACGUUGAGGAGCCUGAGCAGGAACCUGAGAAGCAAAGAGACGAGGGAGCAGAGAACGACACUGGUAUCCUGAGUGACAAGGAGCGACAGAAUGAGGAGGUGAACGAGAAGGACAACUGCUCCGCCUCCAGCAUCUCGUCUGCUAGCAGCACCCUGGAGCGAGAGGAGAGGGGCAGCAGUGAGAAUGGCUUAAAGGAAGCAGAAGUGAGUGAAAAUUGCAGCAAGCUCCUCAACAGCAAACUGUUCAUGCUGGACAUGCUGUACUCUCAGAACACAAAGCCUAGUGAAGAGGAAGAAGAGGAGGAUGGAGAGAAGAGAAAAGAGAAGGGGGAGGGAGAAGACAGAGAGACAAACCAGGAGGCUAAUUGGGAGCAGAGUGAUAACACGAGCGACAAUAAGGAUGACAAGUCGGAGCAUCGGGGGAGCAUACGUGUUCUGGCUGAGCGGUUUGGGGACUUGGUUAGGGACCUGGGGUUGCCUCACCCUCACCUGGACAUCCCUGCCAAUGAGCCCCCUCCUCCCCCACCCAAGAAGGAGUCUGACACAAUCUGGGACCAGCUCCUGGCCAGCCCUCGAGAGCUGCGCAUCAGGGACAUCAACUUCACCGACCUGACGGAGGAGGACGAUAAGGACCUCCUGGAUGCAGUUUUGAUGGGAGUAUGUGGUGACCUCCCGCCGCCUCCGCCUCCUCCACCCUUCAUUCCAAGAUUCCCUCCACCCCCAUCCAUGCUAGGUAGCUGCCCUCCUCCCCCUCCCAUAAUUGGCGUCAUGAGGCCUCCUCCGCCUCCGUCCUUUAGCACUCCGGCACCUGUGCCUCCGCCACCAGAGCCGCCGCUUUUUAGUAAAAAGAAGAAGACAAUCAGGCUGUUCUGGAGUGAGGUUCGCCCGACAGACUCUCAGUACCAGCACUACAAGUGGAGCGGAGACUCGCUCUGGUCCAAAGUGGAACCUGUAAAGUUGGACACCGGGAAACUAGAGCAUCUGUUUGAGUCCAGGUCAAAGGAAAUACCGGUUACAAAGAAAACAGCAGCAGAUGGCAAACGCCAGGAGAUCAUUGUUUUGGAUUCAAAGAGAAGUAAUGCCAUCAACAUCGGCCUGACAGUCCUGCCUCCCCCUCGCACCAUCAAGACGGCCAUCCUUAACUUUGAUGAGUACGCACUCAACAAAGAAGGCAUCGAGAAACUCCUGACGAUGAUCCCGACAGAGGAGGAGAAGCAGAAGAUCCAGGAGGCCCAGAUGGUAAACCCAGAUGUCCCGCUGGGUUCUGCUGAACAGUUUCUUAUUACUCUGUCCUCCAUCAGUGAGCUCUCUGCCAGACUUCAGCUCUGGGCCUUCAAGAUGGACUAUGAAGCAACGGAGAAGGAAGUGGCAGAGCCUCUGCAGGAUCUGAAGGAAGGAAUGGAGCAACUGGUGAAGAACAAAACUCUCAGAUACAUCCUCUCUACGCUGCUCUCCAUUGGAAAUUUCCUCAAUGGCGCCAAUGCCAAAGGCUUUGAGCUGACAUAUUUGGAGAAGGUUCCUGAAGUGAAGGACACAGUCCAUAAGCAGUCCCUGCUCCAUCACACCUGUUCUGCAGUGGUGGAAAACUUCCCUGAGAGCACCGACCUCUACUCUGAGAUAGGAGCCAUCACACGCUCUGCAAAAGUGGAUUUUGAUCAGCUGCAGGAGACCUUGUGCCAGAUGGAGCGGCGCUGCAAAGCCUCAUGGGACCACCUGAAGGUGAUCGCUAAGCAUGAGAUGAAGCCUCAGCUGAAGCAGAAGAUGUCUGACUUCCUCAAAGACUGUGCAGAAAGAAUCAUCAUCCUCAAGAUUGUUCACCGCAGGUUAAUCAACAGGUUUCAUUCGUUCCUGUUGUACUUGGGCCAUCCGGCCUACAGCGUGAGAGAGAUCAGCGUCAACAGGUUCAGUAAAAUCCUCAGCGAGUUCGCUCUGGAGUACCGAACCACCCGGGAGCGAGUGCUGCAACAGAAGCAGAAACGGGCCGACCACCGCGAACGCAACAAGACUCGAGGAAAGAUGAUCAUGGACAUGAACUCUCCUUCUGAUGAUGACGAAGAGCGUGAGCAGUCUGGCCACUUCGGCUCAAGCUGCAGCAACAACAGCGCCCCUAGUGGCAGCCAGGACAGCGAGCCGCCCCAGGGUCUGGGUCACGCUGAGGAUGCUGCAGAGCAUGAGCAGAUGAAGGCUGUGCUGAGGACCGGUCUGAGCUGCAGCGACAAGGAGGCCGGUACGGUGCCAGGUCUCCGGACUCGGACCAGAUCACGACCUGGACGAGGAGGUCGGACCAUGCAGGUGCCGACUACAGCUGUGGAGGACACUCAGACCUGUGGAGAUGAUGCUGCAGAUGAAAUCAUGGAGCGGAUAGUGAGGUCGGCCACUCAGGGUCCAGGAACCAGAGCUCAGCCCAGAGAGCGGAGGAGGUCCAGGGCCAACCGGAAAUCCCUGAGACGGACUCUGAAAAACGGCCUGACCCCAGAAGAAGCUCUUGCUUUAGGCCUCACUGAUUCUCCGGACACAUAAACAUGAUCACCUGCCUCCCACUUGUCGCCAUCGCUGUGGAAAAGCAACAGUGUGGCGCCUCCUUUUGUCUUCGCCACACUUCAAGCUUCCUCAGGUUUUGUCCCAGCCCUGACUGUUUCUGAGUGAAGAUGUUGAAGACGUGACAGAGUUUUUAUUGCUUUGUUUUGUGUCAGACACUUAAAAACACUCGAAAGAACAGUGAGGUUAAAGGUUUGAAACAUCUUUUGAAGGUAGAUGAAUCUGAAAUUCUCUUUCAGAAAUCCUGAGAGAGAUUCUUGACACGAUUCCAAAGGGAUGUAUUUAGUGAUUUAUCGAAGCUGUGAAUUGUUGUUGUAACGAGUGAAAAAGAAAUUGGACUUUGUGUGUAAUCAGUUCCAGAAGACUCGUGAUUUCCUCUGUAGCAAAGACGCUGACACUUUUAGGAAGUAUUGUUUUGUGAAAAUACAAGCUGCACAUUUAGAGUGUUUCUGUAGGAACGUGAAAGGUUUUCAGUGAUGACGAGUGCCUUUCUUUUUAAAGGAACAGUGCUGUACCUUUUCACCAUAUGAUCAUUGCUCCGGUGACUCGAGGAUCACAUCUGCAGGAGCAGAUUGCUGUCUCAGCAAAACCUUUUCUCAGUAUUUAUUUGCAAAGCUCUGACAUCUUGCACCUUAACUGACGUCUCUAAUGCUAAUAUGGAUGAAAACACAGAGAAUUUUUUUUCUCAGAAGAACUUUUUGUAAAUGUAAUGAAGACAACAAGGUAUUGAAGAUUUUAAAAAUGUAAUAAUUUGUGUUAAUGGUCAAGCAGAAAAUUCUGCAUCAGACGUGUAAAUGUCCUCAUCAGCUGUCUGGUACGAACCCCCGUAGGUCUCUGGUGUGCGUGUGAUGAGGUUGUGUAUUAUUUUUGUAGAAACUUGUAUUAUAAGCAAAGAGAAACAUUUUUUUUUCUGUGUAAUCAAAGUUUAAACUCAAAGCAUAAAUUCAUGCAGGAAUAUUUUUUAAAUGUUGCUUUCUGCUGAGAGUCAGGAUCAGAAUGGGGACUUUUAAUCUGAAAUUCCAUGGUCACUUUGAACUUGAACAGGAAGUGGAGUGGUACUCACUCCUCCGCUUUAUCUUCCUCUGUGAGUUGCUUUCACUUGAAUUGCCGUGUACACACACUCUGCAAUAAAGUCAAGUCAGCGUUCA